GCUGAUUUGUGGAAAAGAGUCAAAUUGAUGGAGAGAUGUUUUGAGGGCAGCAUUCUGCUUGGGAAGCCUGACAUUCAGUACCGUUUCUGGCCACUAGGGCGCACAGAGGUCCCUGAGGAACUCCGCUCUUUGUGUACGACGCGUACUGACUGUCCUUUCUCGGCACCCGUAGCUCUGCGCUUUCGCCCUGCUGUUAGCGACGUGAAAGAAAGACAGCGGGUAAUUUACUCCGGGGAUCCAGAAUUGUGAAGAAAUCCAAGCAGCUGCACAGGUGUCUCAGGUUUCUCAACAUGUCGGACAAGAGUGAGCUGAAGGCAGAGCUGGAAAGGAAGAAGCAGCGCCUGGCGCAGAUCCGGGAGGAGAAGAAGAGGAAGGAGGAGGAACGGAAAAAGAAGGAGGCGGACCAAAAAAAGGAGAUUGUGCCACCCCAGGAUGACUCGGACCUGGAGAAAAAGAGGCGGGAGGCGGAGGCCCUUCUGCAGAGCAUAGGGAUCACUCCAGAGGCGUCUGUUGCCCUGCCCCUGCGAAUAGUAACAGAGGAUACCUGUCUGUUUCACUAUCUAGUCCCUCCGCCCAUGUCCCCCACCUCCAAGUCGGUGGGCACGCCAAGCGAGGCGGGGAGCCAGGACUCUGGGGAUGGCGCCGUGGGACCCAGGACUCUGCACUGGGACUCUGACCCGUCUGCUCUCCAGCUGCACUCUGAUCUGGGACGAGGACCCCUGAAGCUGGGCAUGGCCAAGAUCACCCACGUGGACUUCCCUCCGCGGGAGAUAGUGUCCUACACCAAGGAGACGCAGACCCCUGUGAUGACACAGCAGAAGGAGGAAGAAGACGACGAUGAGGAGGUAGCCCCGCUCCAGCCAGUGCAGCAGCCCCAGGAGGAGAAACCAGCUCAGAAGGAAGAAGAAGAAGCCACCCCCCGUGAGCUGACGGAGGAGGAGAAGCUGCAGAUCCUGCACUCAGAGGAGUUCAUGACCUUCUUCGACCACAGCGCCCGCAUCGUGGAGCGCGCCCUUUCUGAACAAGUGGACGUGUUCUUUGACUACAGUGGCCGGGACUUGGAGGACAAGGAGGGGGAGAUCCAGGCUGGGGCCAAACUGUGUCUGAACAGGAACUUUGUGGAUGAGCGCUGGUCCAGGCACCGUGUGGUUACCUGUCUGGACUGGUCCCCCCAGUACCCCGAGCUGUUGGUCGCUUCCUACAACAACAACGAGGAUGCCCCCCACGAGCCGGACGGCGUGGCACUGGUGUGGAACAUGAAGUACAAGAAGACGACGCCGGAGUACGUUUUCCACUGCCAGUCUGCCGUGAUGUCCGCUGCCUUCGCCAAGUUCCACCCCAACCUGGUGGUGGGGGGCACCUACUCAGGGCAGAUCGUGUUGUGGGACAACCGCAGCAACAAGAGGACCCCCGUGCAGCGAACCCCCCUGUCUGCAGCUGCGCACACGCACCCUGUGUACUGCGUGAAUGUGGUGGGCACCCAGAACGCUCAUAAUCUCAUCAGCAUCUCCACGGAUGGGAAGAUGUGCUCCUGGAGCCUGGACAUGUUGUCGCAGCCACAGGACAGCCUGGAGCUGGUGUUCAAGCAGUCCAAGGCGGUGGCCGUCACCUCCAUGUCCUUCCCCCUCGGAGAUGUUAACAACUUUGUGGUGGGGAGCGAGGACGGCUCUGUCUACACCGCAUGUCGUCAUGGAAGCAAAGCAGGGAUCAGUGAGAUGUUUGAGGGACACCACGGACCCAUCACGGGCAUCCACUGCCACACUGCCACCGGGCCCCUCGACUUUUCCCACCUCUUUGUCACCUCUUCCUUCGACUGGACCGUCAAGCUCUGGAGCACCAAGAAUAACAAACCUUUGUACUCGUUUGAGGACAACUCGGACUACGUUUAUGACGUCAUGUGGUCGCCUACCCACCCCGCCCUGUUUGCCUGCGUGGAUGGAGUUGGGCACCUCGACCUGUGGAACCUCAAUAACGACACGGAGGUUCCCACAGCCAGCAUCACCGUGGAGGGGAACCCGGCACUGAACCGGGUCCGAUGGGCCCACUCCGGGAGGGAGGUUGCUGUGGGUGAUUCCGACGGACAGAUCCUCAUCUAUGACAUUGGAGAGCAAAUUGCAGUCCCCCGAAAUGACGAGUGGACACGCUUUGCCCGCACACUGGCUGAGAUCCACGACAACCGCGAAGAUGCAGAGGAGCUGGCGGCACAGCGCUUGCCCGCUUGAUUAGCCUAGCAGCGUAAUUGUCCCAACGCGUUUCGCGUUUUGAGUGCCGGUGGAGAAUGUGCGGCUUGGAGGAAAAAAGCACAACGUCAUCAGUGCUCAGGGGUGUUCGUACAUCUAAUAUUUUAAACAGACCACCAGAACGUAGUUAACUUUUUGAUAUGCAGACUGUACCUACAUUUUACUAUCGCUGCUGAGGCAUUUCCUUCUGCAGGUUUGUAAUAGGGGAAUUUUUUUUUUUUUUUUUUAAAAAAAAAAAAAAAAACGGUAGGAAUUGGGCUACAGGGAUCUCGCCACAGUUAAGUUUUUACAGUACAAAGCAAAAAAAAAAACAGGCUUCAGUGGAAAGAACCCAAGGCCUUAAAGCGAACACAUCCGCUACUCAGAGAAAAAAGCAAAAGCAGUGUGAACGUGGUAUCCCAGCAUGCUGCGUUCCACUAGAGCACAGACCAUCUUCCCAGUGAAGUGGCUGAGCUUUGGUGCUCACAAAAUUGUUACACUCCUGUCAGACUGUUGCUACCUGUGUUACAGCCCCCAUGUGAAACACAUUGAAGUCUAAUCAUAUUUUCAUGAGUCAACUGUAAUGUUCUUGUAGAAGAGGAAAAAUUAUUGACCUGUUCUGUGCACCCAUUUCCAGUAAAGAGCCCUAGUUCCCAAAUUCCAUUAGCUUCAUUUACAAGCCUGUGUGACAGGGAGCUUUUCACUAUCUGCCUUAGGCUUGCAUGUGUGUGCGUGCUCCAGCCAUGAGUGUACCUUAACCUCCAACGUCCAUUAGCAGUUUUCCUGUGUGGAAGUGUAUAUGGAUGAAGCUUGCUCUGGCCCUGUUAAACUGGGAUCUGUAUUUUUCAAACCUGCAUGACUUUGCAGUUGAAAAACUUGUGUCCAGAAUAGGGGCACAAGUCUUAGCUUGUCCUAUGUCAGCCAUUAUAAAUUACCCUUCCCUAAAAUUUUGAUUCUACUGUGUAAUGAAUGUUAAAAUAUGCUUUUGGCACACAUCUGAUUAAACGAUUUAUUUCAACAAAAUGUUUUUAAAUUACAGUACUAACAUCCUCAUGUUAAAUCAUGUCUUUUAUUAAAACACUUUGAAAACCUC